AUGAGCAAAGCCCAUAGUACAUGGCCUGUUGUACUGUCAGUUUAUAAAUUGCCUCCGUGGAUGUGUAUGAAGCAACCAAAUUUAUUGUUAUCAUCAAUAAUUCCUGGUCCUGAUGGGCCUUGCAAUAAUAUUGAUGUGUAUUUGAAGCCUUUAAUCGAUGAGUUGAAAGAGUUAUGGGAGGUUGGUAUUAAGACGUUUGAUGUGUUUGCCAACCAAACUUUUACAAUGAAGGCUGCAUUGUUAUGGACGAUUAAUGACUUUCCAGCCUAUGCGAUUCUUUCAGGAUGGAGCACAAAGGGGAAGAAAGCGUGUCCGCAUUGCAUGGAUGAUACAGUCUCAAUGCAUUUGGCAAAUAGUACAUUGUUAAAUAUUCCUGGGAAGACAAAGGAUGGAAUAAAAGCUCGUAAGGACCUUCAAAUUUUGAAUAUAAGGAGAAAACAGCACCCUUAUAUAAAUGGGAAAGGUAAGGAAGUUUUUGAUCUAGCACUUUUUGACAUGAGGAAAAGGGAAAAAACAAUGUUUUGCAAAGUCUUGGCGAAUGUGAGAGUUCCUGAUGGCUGCUGCCCCUUGCAAUACGACGAGUAUUACCAAAAGCUGUUACCAUUAAUUGUUUUGCUUGAGCUAAGUGCAAUUUUUAGACGGUUAUGUAGUAAGAAGGAAUCUAAAGCAUCAUACAUGGCUUUAAAACCUAGGAUUGCAGUAACAUUAUGCCAGAUGGAAAAGAUAUUCCCUCCUUCCUUCUUUGUUGUGAUGGUACACUUAAUCAUGCAUUUGGCAGAUGAGGCUACAAUCGCAGGGCCUGCCCCAUAUCGGUGGAUGUAUCCCAUUGAAAGAUACCUACAAACGUUAAAGAAAUAUGUUCGGAAUAAGAGUUAUCCUGAAGGAAGUAUGGAACAAGGAUAUCUUGUCGACGAGGGAUUAGCUAUGUGUACCAUGUAUCUUAGCAAUGUUGAGACUCGAAGGAAUCGAAAGGGUCGAAAUGCUGAUGGUAUUGGUCGUGGUGUCAUUGGGGAGCUAAAAGUUUUUGACCCUUCAGGUCAUUCUAAGGGUUCAGCUGAACAAAUAUAUCUUGACAAAGAUGUUUGGGACCAAUGUCGCAGAGUUGUCUUGUUCAAUUGCGAUGAAGUUUCUCCCUUUUUAGAGUUUCGGAUUAAAUCAGUAGACGAUAAAAAGAAGAAUCAGAAUAGUGGUGUAUUUCAAUGUGCAGAGACAUCUAGUUACUCAAGCGCAAGAGAUCGCAAUCCAGUAAUUGGCAAUGUUGAUUAUUAUGGUGUUCUUAAAGACAUUUAUGAACUUAAUUAUGGGGGUCAAACAGAACGGGAUGAUAAUGGUCGGAAAAUUACACUAUUUAACUUCGACUUGGUUGAUACUGCUAGUGAUAGGGGGAUGAAGUUUGAUGGGUAUGGUUUCCCUUUGGUUAAUUUCAAUCGAUUGCGACAAACGAAAGACACUUUCAUAUUGGCUUCUCAAGCUACACAAGUGUUUUAUGUUGUAGAUCCCAAAGACAGUCAUUGGCAUGUGCCAACCCAAACUCAACCAAGAGAUUUUUUUGAUGUGCUAGAAGAUAGUGAUCUAGCUCCAACUAUAGAUAACCCUUUAAGUGCUAUUGAUAAUUAUGCCAUUCCGAAUCUUGAUGAUCAGUUGCUAGACAAUGAGGAAUUGCAUAUUAGGGUUGAUAUGGAUGAGAUGGUAGAUGAGGAUGAGCCCGGAAAUGAGGAUGAAGAAGAUGUACAGUCUUCAGAUGAUCUCUCCACUGAAAACGAGGAUGAACUUUAUGAUGACAUGGAGUAUUGA